ACACGUAACUAUUGCACAUCUCUAAUUCUGUCUUUUUGGGUUUUCUUUCCUAUUCAAGAUGGUGAAUGUACCGAAACAACGCCGCACUUUCUGCAAAAAGUGCAAGGUGCACAAGCUGCACAAGGUAACGCAGUACAAGAAGUCCAAGGAGCGCAAGGGUGCUCAGGGCCGAAGACGUUACGACAGAAAACAGCAGGGUUUCGGUGGUCAGACCAAGCCCAUCUUCAGGAAGAAGGCUAAGACCACCAAGAAAAUUGUGCUGCGUAUGGAGUGCACUGAAUGCAAAUACCGCAAACAGACGCCCCUGAAGCGUUGCAAGCACUUCGAGCUGGGCGGUGACAAGAAGCGCAAGGGACAGAUGAUUCAGUUCUAAGCGUCCAGCUUGUUCAUCAUGGAUUAACCCAAUAAUCGCCCGCUACCUUUUGAUAAUGAAGUGUUUUUAAGUUGUUUGAUCGACUGCUUUUGCUUUGCAACAAGUGGGAAAAUAAAACAAAUUGUAGAAGUAA